AUGUUAACUUCGCGCCUUUAUAUCUCGAAGACUUUUGUUUUUCUUAACAUUCACGUUCCAGCAAAAUGGGCGAACGGUAUAAUAUUCACAGCCAGUUGGAGCAUCUUCAGAGUAAAUAUAUUGGAACUGGACAUGCUGAUACAACUAAAAAAUGAAUCUAAGGCACGCGUUAAGUUCAACCUUAUGGAAAGAAUGUUACAACCCUGUGGACCACCCCCAGAGAAACCAGAAGAUUAA